GAUUACUUGCAAUGACAUAUGUGUAGAUCUUCGCAGGAAUAGAGAGAUGAUAGAGGAAGUAAAGUGCUGGAAGCCAAGUUCUGCUUGUUCUGCAGGAAUUGGUUUCUGUAUAUCGGUUUAUUGGUGGAGGCCAACCUCAUUGUUAUUACCACCGGACCAUGUGACUAUCGGUAACUUCUUCAGACUUCACAGGAACAACAUCCGCAGCAGAAAGAUCACUAUUCCUGGACCAGUAUUUAACGUGUAUUUUUUGUAUUGUAUGGCACUGUUUUAUCCGUCUCCUCUGGAAGUUCCGCUAUCACCCGCUCUGAGAUGUUUUGGUUCACACAAGGACUCUGCUUUCUGCCAGCCUUUCUGGUCAUCUGGUCCUCCAGCACUUUCAUCGUUUCCUACAUUAUUGCGCUUUACAGGCAUGAUGUCGACAUCAUCUUUCCAUACAUAAGUGACACAGGUGCAAACCCUCCAGAGAGCUGCAUUUUCGGCCUGAUGACAUUCAUUUCUGCAUGUGCAGGAGUAGCCACCAUAUAUGCAAGGUACAAGUUUGUGGAGAAGCUGAGUGGGGACAGCAGGGUGGUGAGCACCCGACUCAAUAAAACAGCUCUGGUGCUUGGGCUGCUAUCCUGUUUGGGCAUGUGUAUUGUUGCGACAUUCCAGGAAACCACUGUGACAGAGGUUCAUGAUAUAGGAGCUCUGAUGUUCUUUGUGCCUGGUGUAUUAUACAUUAUCCUCCAGUCCAUCAUAUCUUAUGGUGCCUUUCCAUAUGGGUCCUCCAUGUGCGUGUGUCGAGCACGCUUGUGCAUGGCCAUCAUUGCCACAUUGGCAUUCUUUCCCACUGUCAUCUGUGCGUUCUUUGUGAAGCAAAACACACUGCACAGAGACAAAAACGACCAGGACUAUCCCUACCAUGUAGCCAGCGCUUCAUGUGAGUGGAUUGUUGCUUUCAGCUUCAUCUUCUUCUUUUUCACCUACAUCGACGAUUUCAAACUGCUUACUUUACGAGUGACAACAGAAUGUGCAGAGUAGUCUUGAUGAGUCUUCCACUGCCAACAAACUUUGUAUUUACAUUAGUAUUAUCAACAUGUGCUGCAUUUAUUUUUUAUAUACUUUUACACAUACUUUUUGUGAAGAGAAGAAAAAUAUCAGUGACUGUAUCCUUUUUUUUACAUUGCACUUUGCUCUUGACUGUUGCCUCAGCAGCACGUCACAUCCUGUCAGACCUGUGACCAGUAAGAAGGGAAGUUCAAUAAAGGGAGCACAUGACAGCUGCACUUGUGGUCAAAUGAGAAUUAUGACCAAUAAAGCGACUGACUAAGAGUGAAUGCUGGCUGACGAUUUCUGAGAAACAGUCAGAGCUACACUGAAACUGUUAAUGGCACAUUUCUGAAAUAUUACUUCAAAUGGGAUUAUUAAUGAAAUGCUGCCAGUUUUUAUAACCAAAGUUUAAUUAUAUAUAUUUAAUGGUUUUCCAAUUGUGUUUUCUUCGGAAGCACACAUUUGUGACAACAGAUUAGGUUGAAAAAACUGCUCUAAAUCAGAGUUUUAUUCCUACUUAGUGUAUGCUGCUCAUGUAUUUAACGGUUUCCAUUGAUACUAGGGUUCUACAGUGCAGUUAGGGAGGAGUUUUGGCAUGUAUACAGACUGCAGAAGAUCAUGCACUGGAAUAAGGCUACUUAAUAAAUUAGUUUACUCAGUAAAACUGCCAAAUGAAAUUGCUUUAAUACAAUAAAGACAAUAAUAAUAAUGAACAGGAAUUGAAUCUAAUUCAAAUUAAUACAAGUUUUAUGUGGGCUCUCGGACCGAUAAUAAAGCCUGUCUCUCUCCUACAACUUGAGUUAGAAGCAGUUCCUUUUUUUUAUAACUUCGUUUAUUGGGUUUUUUCAACAGCAGUCAUUUUAACAAAGCAUGUAUCACAAGUGGGUAAAACAAUAUUCACUUAGUACAAAAAUAGAUAGGGUAACAAUGUAAAUGCUGCUUAUAGUUAGAAGCAGUUCUAACAGAAGGACUUCUGCUUCCUAAAGGGCUUGAUAUCAGAGUCAAAUGUAUCCAGGCUGGGAACCUGUGCCUCUCAGCAUACUGCCAAUGCCAUUGCUUUUCUUUUUUAUUGGUGCUAUUGGCCAAAAUUGAAGAUCCACGGCCUUUUUUGUGGAGCAUCGCUUUCUAGAUGAUGUCUAUCAUUGAUGAUUAAUAAUAGAAAGAGAAAAUCCUUUGAUGUAAUAGUGGUCACACGAACACUGAUUAUUAACUUGUCCACUACUGUAUCUACAAGGGAGGUUUUUUUUUAUUCAAUGACUUUAUAUGUGUACUGUUUGCUUAUGACAUUAUGAUCUGAAAAAUAAAUACUUUUCUUAA